AUGGGAGCCGGCGGUCCAGCGGGACCCUGUGCCUCCCCGGGAUCCGCUGGCGCCAGCGGGCAGCAUCCCCAGGGUCGCCGGACACUCCCGGGCGCCUUUCGGGCGGCCCCGGCGGUCCUCGGGGGCAGCGCGGCCAGGCUGGCUCGGGAAUCCGCCGGCCAGCGGCACCAAAUCACUGUCGGGCCCCGCUGGACUCUCAUCGCUGGCGCCCUCGCCGCAGGCAUCCUCCUGGUCUCCUGCGUCCUCUGUGUCGCCGGCUGUUGCCGUCACCGCCGCGGCCGGAAGAAGCCCAGAGGCAAGGAGGUCCUGGGCCUGGGCAGUACUCGCAGUACCACCCCCACCCACCUGGUGCAGCCGGACGGGAACCACUUGGAGCCCAGCCCUGGGGGCUCUCGGCAGUGGGGACGCCUGCUGCUGUCCCUGGAGUACGGUUUCGGCUCCCAGGUGAGGGUGGGCCUGAGGCAGGCGGCCGACCCGAGGGCCGGGGGCACGGCAGACCCUUCCGCCCGCGUCAGCGUGUCCACCCAGGCUGGGCAUGGGCACGAGACCAAGGUGCGCCGAGACACGCUCUGCCCUGUGUUUGACGAAACCUGCUGUUUGCAUGUCCCGCUGGCGGGGCUGCCCAGGGCCACCCUGCGGGUGCAGCUGCUGGACUUCAAGUGCUUCUCAGAGCACGAGCCACUGGGUGCACUCCGCCUGCCACUGGGCACCAUGGACCUGCAGCAUGUUCUGGAACACGGGCACCAGCUCGGGCCCCCUCACCGUCCACAGCCCGAGCAGACGGGGAAGCUGUGCGUCUCUCUCCACUGCGUGCCCGGAUCCAGCCGGUUGACCGUGGUGGUGUUGGAAGCCCGGGGCCUGUGUCCAGGACUGGCAGAGCCCUACGUGAAGGCCCAGCUCGUGAGGAGCCAGAGGAGGUGGAGGAAGAAGAGGACGUCCGCCGGGAAGGGCAUGGCUGCCCCCCACCUCAGUGAGGCCUUUGCCUUCCUCGUUCCUUUCAGCCAGAUCCAGAGUGUGGACCUGGUGCUGGCUGUCUGGCCCAUGGGCAAGGUUCUGCUGGGCGCCUGGGCCUCGGGCCAGCCCCUGCAGCACUGGGUGGACAUGCUGGCCCAGGCCUGGCGGCCCCUCACCCAGUGGCACCGCCUGCAGCCAGCCCGGGAGGUGGACCGCCAGCGCCUGCAGCCCCGCCUGCGCCUGCCCCUGCCUCACUUCUGA